AUGGUGGAAGUAGCAGUGCAUGCUGCAGAGAGGGUUCUGAUGGAGAGCUUUGUAGUUGUUGAGAUUCAUUCCUCUUACAACCUUCUGAUGGGCAGAGGGUGGAUCCACAGAGUUCAAGCUGUUCCUUCCACUCUGCACCAAGUAAUGAGAUGCCUGGGGCUAGACGGAACCAAGGUGAUUGACAUUCAUGGGGACCAGGUUGUAGCUAAGGAAUGUUAUUCAGUAACACUGAAGUAUGCUGGAAAAGGGAAAGCACCCAUCCAUUCGAGCCACCUCGACAUGCCUGGAAUCAAUCUUUCCGUAUCCUGUCACUCCUUGAACGUUAAUCCCAAUGUAAGACCUGUAAAGCAGAAGCAGCGAAGGUUUGCUCCAGAGCGUAAUCGGAUCAUAGCCGAGGAGGUUGAUAGGCUGCUUGAUGCGGGAUUUAUACGAGAAGUGUAUUAUCCUGACUGGUUGUCAAACGUUGUUGUUGUGCAGAAAAAGAAUGGGAAAUAG